UUGUAAGCUUAUGUUGCACUGGAUAGACCAUUUCGCCGAUCCUCUGAAGUGUCCUGUGCAUGACUCCUCCUGGGGCAUGCUUGGGUAGGGUCCAUGAAUGUGUCCUUUUUAUUCCUCAGUUUCAGUGUCAUGUAGGAGAAUCACAGCCUAGCCUAGUUGAAUCUCUAAUAGACAAAAUCUCCCCUCUUAAUCUCACCUUCUUCACCAGUCAAGAAGAUGAUCUGGGGUUCUGAUUUGAGUAGGAAGGAUGUGGAAAUCAGGAAUUUCACUGGAGGUCUUCAGGAGCACCCUUCUAGCUGGUGGCAGCGAUUGUGUGGCUCCCAGGGAUGCCUAGAGUUGAGGUGGGGAUGUGAGUAGGAGCUGUGCAGGUGGCUCUGCCGGAAUGUAGGUGGCAGAAUGUGGAGAGUUGGUGAGGCUAUUUUGCCAGCUGCAUGACAAAUAAGUGCUGAUGAGCCCUCUGUGAUCUUUCCUGUACUCCAGCUGUGCACUUGCAAGACUCUGCUCUGAAGGAACUCAAGGAUCAGGCUGUACACAAGCAAGCCCAAGUCCUACAGCCAAACCCUGAACCCUCCCUGGAGACCGAGCCGGCACGGGACUUUAUGGAGCACCCUGGCAAGGAUGACCCAAAGGCUCUUCCAGAAGGUUCUUCUCUUCCAGAAGGUUCUUCCAAGCCGAGGAGGGGCAGUGCCUCUGGGAGUGAGCCUCCUGGGGACAGUGAGCAGGGAGCGGGCCCUCUGGAGCAUUUUCACCUCCACCUGUCUAGUUGCCACGAAUGCUUAGAACUUGAGAAUAGCACCAUUGAGUCGGUCAAGUUUGCAUCUGCAGAGAACAUUCCAGACCUUCCCUAUGAUCAUGGCAGCAGUUUGGAGGGUGUUGCCGAUGAGAUCUGCCCUAAAGAAGAAGGGAGGAGAGUCAACAUCACGGGAAAGGCGCCCAACAUCCUUCUGUACGUAGGCCCCGACUCCCAGGAGGCCCUCGGGCGGCUCCAGCAGGUGCGGGCCAUCCUGGCUGACUGUGUGGACACCGACAGCUAUGUUCUGUACCACCUGCAGGAGGAAAGUGUGCUCAGGGACCCAGAAAUCCGGGAUCCGAUUAUGCAGUGGCUCGGGAGACAUGUUGAUCCUGAAGGAGUAAUAAAAUCCAGCAAGCUGUCCCUCAAAUUUGUUUCAUCUUACACAUCUGAAAUAGGAAUCACCCCCUCUUCGCUACCUGUGAUCACCGAAGCAGAGGUCAUCUCGUCAGAGCAUUUUAACUUAGAGAUCUAUCGACAAAAUCUGCAGACCAAGCAGCUUGGAAAAGUAAUUCUGUUUGCUGAAGUGACCCCCACCACCAUGAACCUCCUGGAUGGGUUGAUGUUUGAGAUGCCACAGGAAAUGGGCUUAAUUGCCAUUGCAGUCCGGCAAACCCAGGGCAAAGGGCGGGGACCGAAUGCCUGGCUGAGCCCCGUGGGCUGUGCCCUUUCUACUGUGCUGGUCUCCAUCCCCCUGAGGUCUCAGCUGGGACAGAGGAUUCCGUUUGUGCAGCACCUGAUGUCCCUCGCCGUUGUGGAGGCCGUGCGGUCCAUUCCCGAGUAUCAGGAUAUCAACUUACGAGUGAAGUGGCCCAACGAUAUUUAUUACAGUGACCUUAUGAAGAUGGGAGGAGUUCUGGUUAACUCAACCCUUAUGGGAGAAACAUUCUACAUACUUAUUGGCUGUGGAUUCAAUGUAACAAACAGUAAUCCUACCAUCUGCAUCAAUGACCUUGUCACAGAAUACAAUAAGCAACACAAUGCAGCACUGAAGCCCCUGCGAACGGAUUACCUCAUUGCCAGGACAGUGACGGUGCUGGAGACACUGAUCCACACGUUCCAGGACAAAGGGCCCAAUGGUGUUCUUCCCCUUUAUUACAAAUACUGGAUACACAGCGGUCAACAAGUCCGCCUGGGAAGUGCCGAGGGGCCGAAGGUGUCCAUAGUGGGCCUGGAUGACUCCGGGUUCCUGCAGGUUCAUCAGGAGGGCGGUGAGGUGGUGACUGUGCACCCGGACGGCAACUCCUUCGACAUGCUGCGGAACCUCAUCCUGCCCAAGCGGCGGUAGAGCAGGAGCCGGGUGGCGCGUGUCUGCAGAGGGCAGGGGCCUGGCAGAGCCACACAGGUGCUCUGCGGGUGUCGCUGCCGCCUUUCCUCACCAGGAGAGCUGGAAGACUAAUGUAGAGUUCUAGGUGGAUUUUUUUUCUCCCUCCAAGUCAUUUCAUAAUUCAUUAUUUUUUUUUUCUAUAUUUCUGGGCUUUUCUGGUUAUUUUGUGGUUGUUAUUUUAUCAGGUAUUUGACGGUGCUUCUAGAUAGAGGGUUGACAGGUGGAAGAUUCAGUGUAGGUAAAGCCCCUCGACAGGUGUGAAAUCACUCUCCCCCUUUGGGCUUGAAUUUGUGUUUAUUGAGGGGGAAAUGUUAUGUGGAAACAGCAAAGGACUAAGUCAGAUGCUCUCCCAGGAGAGGAGACCUUUACCGCCAGGCUAUUAAGAAGCAAAUCAAGGGCUGGGGCUGGGGCUCAGGUGUGGAGCACCUAGCACUUAGGAAGGCGCUAGGUUUGAUUCUCAGCACCACAUAGGAAUAAAUAAAUAAAUAAAAGGUAUUGUGUCCAUCUGUAACAUACAUACACACACACACAUAUACGCAUUCACACAUACAUACACACAUAUACACAUAUAUAUACUGUAGAUUAAAAAAAAGGGCAAAUCAAAACAUGGCAGCCCAGGCCAGUAGAGGGUUAGAGGUAUCUGAUCACUGUUCCUGAGCAUCCAGGGAGAGAUUUUCCCACCAGAACAGACAGUGGCACUUAAUUAUUUUACAUUUGUGUUUGUGAAGAAAAGAGAAGGCAGGCUUCCAAGAGUUGCUGUCCGCUAUGGUGGCCCCGUAACCAUGUCUGCAGGCUUAGAGAGGCAUCCAGCUG